AUGACAUAUAUUCGUAAUAAAGAUCCAAAAUUUUACAAAAAAUGUACUAGGCACGAUACUGUUGAAGAUUUUAGAAAAGAAUAUAUACUCAUUGUAAUAAUGAAAACCGGUAACGUCCGUGUGUACAAACAACAAAUGUAUACGCUUAUUUACGAACUCAUAACCAACUCGUCAAAUAUUCUAAACAUUGAAUCGUGGUAUGGUUUUACAAAAGGUAUAGUGUUUCGUUUGAAAGGUUUGAAACAAUCACUGAUAACGAAAUAUAAUGAAUCCGAUAUUUGUAAACCAAUAGAUGUUACUACGAUUACCGAUUCGGUUAUUGAAAUUAAAUUUUGUACUGACAACUUAGAUUUACGCACACCCAUAAACGUACGUGAUCUCGAUUCAGAAAUACAGUCAUAUUUCACCAAACCAAACUUGACCAAAUUAAACGUCGCAGUUCUACAAGAACUAUUCGUUACGGAUACUGAAACGUUUGGGAUAUUGUCUGUGGCUGGCCAAUCAAAAUAUGAUAUGAAAUUGAAAAGCGAACAAAAGCAAAAGAGAGUAGGUAUAUGGGAUUGA